AGAGGGCUGUAAAGGGUGAAGUGAUCUUCGAUGAGGAUAUACGCAAGCUUUACGAGAAAGGUGUGGACAAUCUACUGAAGUGGUCAUUAGCUACAGAGGAGGUAAAAGCAAAUGUUCAUAACCUCACUAAACAUUUCUUGGAUGCAGCCUUCAUUGAAUUGAUGAGCUCAAUGACGAUGAGUGCGCCGAUGAAACUGGAGGGAUGCUACGAGUCUGUGUACGAUGCGAGUUGGCAUCACGUGGUGGAAGUUACUGGCGGCGAGGGGACGGGAAUGGAAGUGAAGGAGGGGGAACCACCGCAGUCAUGGACGUACAAGAAAGUUGGCGUGAGUCUCGAAAAGGAUGACGGUGUGGAGCAAUCCGGCGCAGAGCGUCUCAAGCUGAUGGUGCUCACCUCGGACAGGGGAUGGCCGUACACGUGGGGACAAGGGCUGAAUGAAUUUAUUCAUGACUGCUAUGUGAACUGUGAGGUGGAGCGAGUGUGGCAGAUCGUCAAGGACGAUAUAACCGAAUGGUUCAGCAGUCACUGCAAGAACAAAACUUCGCCUGAUCCGCUUGUGUUGAUUGGGACGCCCGAGAUCGGGAAGUCGAUGGCUGCCGGUUCGUACCUCCUCUACCAGCUGCUGCACUGCGAUGCGGAGCAACUCCAAAUGGUUGCGUAUUUUAUUGCGGAUCGAACGUUUUUGUUUGACAAGACCGCCAAAACGGUGUCACUGUACACGAGGGAUGCCAGUAUUCUGAGUAUUUUGGGCGGCUUCUCUCGGCGUGGUGUGAAAGGGUAUAUUAUCUACGACGUGGCAUUGAAGGGUCAUCAACCGUCUGCUAGUUUGCCUUGCGAGGGAUGGGGCAUGAUUGUGGUGACAUCACCGAACAAAAACAACUACGAAUCGUGGGCGAAGCUGGUGCGAGCGAAACAAAUCAUAAUGAAUUGCCCCGAAGAAAACGAUGUGAGGGCAAUGUGCGUUUGGAAGGAGCAAAAUCGGCAGCUUGCGGAGGAAGAAGCGGACUACUGGAAAAAGGUGAAGGAUCGCAUGGAUAAAGUGGGACCACUUCUUCGCUACAUCUUUGAUGACAGCGAAUACAAUGAUCGGAUUGACUCGUGCGAAAGUACAGUUAAAAAAAUGAAACUUUUUGAUACCAAAUAUUACUCUAUUUUGGGGACUAAUGAAGUGUGUGAUGAUAACCACAUCUCUCACAAACUUGUAAGGGUCGUACGAUUACGAGGACGAAAAAAUUCCGAAUUGCCUUUGAAUGCACUGGUAUCUUCCUAUCUCGGAAAUUUAGUGACAUGCAAGUUGGCGGAGUUAAUGGCGCCGAAUGAUUUUAUUUUACUCAUAUUGGCCAUCAAGGACGACCUCUUAUCAAAAACCCUUGAAAAGUAUUCCGUGUUUACAUUUUUGAGCGAGGGCUUUGUAAAUACAAUAAUACCGAAACUCAAGGAGCUGAAAAUAAAAAAAAAUGCUCCGCCACAUAUCUGUGCGCUGGAAUUGUAUCCACAUGAGCGCCCCCUCAAGCCCUGUCUUUUACGGUGCCUGAGCCAGCUUGUUAGUAAGAUUAAUAUAGAGUAUCGGGUGUUGUACAAACCGAAGGUCCAAAACUUUCCGCUGGUGGACGCCUUUUUCUUUUUGAACUCAAAUCCGAAGACGCUGGUUGGGCUGCAGAUUACUACGGCGGGUGGGCAUCACACCAUACCCAGCACCGUGAGGCAGUUCAAUGAGCGUAUGGCAAAAUAUUUUAAUGG